UGGUGCUCGUUAAUCAGUGGCGCGUUGAGAUGUGAUGACGGGAGAGAUGGAGGGCUCAAAGGGCGAAUUGCACGGAUAAUUGCAUCCGUGCCGCUUGAAGAGGAUCAACAUCAAAAAGACGCACAGAGGAAAGCGAAGAAAGACACUCAACGCGCUGAAUUGCUGCUCGCCGUCUACCAGUCAUCAUCCUCAAAUCUUCGACAUAUGUUGCCGGCAGUUCUCGUUCUUUCAGCGAGAGGAUUCGCGCGAUUCCUGGUCCCAUGUUGUCUUCAUCAAUUAUUGGAUGAACUUCGUAACUUCUUCUUCCUUCUUUUGAUUUUAUUUCUUUAUUUGAUGAAAUUUGUUGCCUUCAUGGUUAUCCAUGUUUGAUGGCCGUAGGAUUUUGGUUCGACAUUUACUUGUGGUCGAACUGUCAAAAUUUUCUUUUUGGUCUUUGUUAUAUGAUUUGAUAAAAUUAGUUCUUUUUAUUUAUGUUAGUGUCUAGUUUACUUGCUUGUGUGGGAGCAUAAAAUCAUUCGUAGAAGUCGUAAUCUUCGUCUUUUUCUAGUUGCAUUUGCUUAUUGUAUGACAUUACUUGCUAGAUUCCUCGUGAAUCAUGUAUGGUUACAUUACAACUUUACGAGCUUGUGGAUUUUAUUAAAUGGUAGUAUCGGAGAAUUCAAUUUUUAGGUUCAAAAAAUUAAGAUAUAUUUCUGUCGGAUGCCAAAUGUGUAUCAUUCGAUUGAACUCUUGGGCUGGAACCUAUCUGGAUCAUUAUUGAAUUGGGUGGUUAUCUUUCAGACCUUGAAAUUUUGACCAUCGAAAAUGUCUUUCAUGAUUGGAUCCUGAAACUCAAGUAACUGAGAGAACGAAACAGAUGUGAUGUCUUUGAGGUGAUAUUGUUAACUGGUUAUGUUAUGAACAAAUAAGUAUCCUCUGUAUACUCUGAGGAUACAACAUCUGAAAUGUGUAGCCUAUGGAUAUUAUCUAGAGAAAUAUAUUCUAUAAUUGUUUAUUGUUUGGUUAAUUUGUGUUGGAAGCAAGGUUUUGAAUACCGUACUGUACCGGUGUGCUGAUCAGUUGUUGGUACGGUACAUAUCAAGCUGUACCGAGUUGUACUGAACGUACUGACACAUGGUACACUAAGGUGUACUAAUGUACCACCCAUACUAGUCCUCUAUCGGAUCGGUACAUACCACCUAUACCGAGUGGUAUGAUAUGGUAUUGUAAAUCAUGGUUGGAAGUAAUAUUUGGAGAUGUCAAUUAGCAAAAGGUAUCAAAUUAUACGCACUUUGCUUCAUAACAAACUAAUGAAAAUCUUUAACUGUUGCAUGCAUAUUUUAGUGUAGUCUUGACUAGCCUAAUGUCGGGCUUUAUGAUUGGGUGUUCUGUAAUUAGGACUUGACAACCUUUUGUCCUUUAAACAUUUCUUUCCACUCGAAUGAUUGGUUUACCCAAUUUAAAUAAUCUAUGAACUUGUUGACAGCCACUUUAAUGGUUUAACUCUAAGUGUAUAUAGGGUACCAUCCUCUUAAUGCUCCCAUAGAAACUUAUAAUCUUUGUCAUUGCUACAACUUGUUUGAAAGUCAUCCCUUGUCCUUGCUUCUCCUGAGAAAACUUGAGGGUGAUUUUUUAGGCAACCUGAGGAUGAUUUUCUCAAGUGUCGAAUACUGAAUCUGUUAGAUGUUAUAUUUUGUUUGUCUAUUUCUUCGAGCCAGCAUUGCAUAGUUCCCUGAAAUUCCAAAUUCACAUACAUUUAACAGGUAUAUAGUAGGUCUGACACCACAAAACACAGAGUUUUAGUAUUUUCAUGCUAUGUUGAAGGUUAUACUGUUUUACAUAUUCAUCCCUUUAAUAUUGGCCUAUUGCAUGUUUGCAUAACUGCAAAUUAUCCUGAAAUCACUGCAUGAAAUCUCUUACUGUUGCAUCUGUCUCAUGCCAAUAUCCUGAUGGUGCAGCUUAUUAGGUUAUGAUAGUCCACUGAAUCAAGGAAUUUAUUGGUCUACAGAGGUUGUUUUUCUUAUUUCUUCUGUUUUGAGCAGUUAAGUAGCAGCAGCAUGAUGGGAAACAACUAUCGCAGUGGAUCAAUGCAAAAGUCAAGUGAAGGAAUCAGGCUAACUGUAACUACUAUCCUGGGAGUCAUCUUUGGAUUCUUUGUUGGUUGUUCAUUUCCAAAUUUUUCUAGCAUCAGGCUUAGCCUCGUCCCCAGUUUUUCAUCUACAGUUGAAAUGGACUUCACUGGGGAUACAAGAUCGUAUGAUACAAUUAUUAAUCCUCAUAUGACUAGAAAGUCAUCUACUGAGAAACAUCGAUCAGGUGAUCCUUUGAAGAUAUAUGUGGAAUCAAACCCUCAUGGUGCAGAGUUCUUACCACCUGGCAUUGUUGUGGCUGAGACGGACUUUUAUCUGCACAGGUUGUGGGGCAAUCCUGAGGAGGAUUUAACAACACGGCCAAAAUAUCUUGUGACAUUUACAGUUGGAUUUGAGCAACGGAAAAAUGUUGACAUGGCAGUUAAAAAGUUUUCUGAAGAUUUCACCAUCUUGCUCUUCCAUUAUGAUGGUCGGGCUAGUGAAUGGGAAGAACUAGAGUGGUCCAAGCGUGCGAUUCAUGUCAGCAUAAGGAAGCAAACAAAAUGGUGGUAUGCAAAACGUUUUCUGCAUCCAGAUGUUGUAGCAGCUUAUGAUUACAUAUUUAUCUGGGAUGAUGAUAUUGGAGUUGAACAUUUUGAUGCAGAGAAAUAUCUGCACUUAGUGAAAAAAUAUGGCUUGGAGAUUUCACAACCAGGUGUAGAUCCUAAUAAAGGAUUGACAUGGGAGAUGACUAAAAGGAGAGGUGACAGUGAAGUUCACAAAGAAACGGUAGAGAAACCUGGUUGGUGUACUGACCCACAUUUGCCACCAUGUGCUGCCUUUGUGGAAAUCGAAGCUCCUGUCUUUUCAAGGAAUGCAUGGCGUUGUGUUUGGCAUAUGAUUCAGAAUGAUUUGGUCCAUGGAUGGGGACUGGACUUUGCAUUUGGAAGAUGUGUUGAGCCUGCUCAUGAAAAGAUUGGUGUAGUUGAUGCACAAUGGAUUGUCAAUCGAGUUAUUCCUUCUAUUGGUGACCAGGUAAGAGAGAGGUGCAUGCUCGAGUGGUCGCAGUUUCAAGCUCGCCUUGCACAAGCUGACAGAGCACACAUCGAUGGAACCACGAGAGGGUAGACCCUGGAGUGCAACUUCUGUUUUCUCACUCUCAUUCCCCACCAUUUUACUCGUGACUUGCCAGAAUGCGUGCCAUAGGUUGAUGCUUCCGAUGAGUUGUCCCGACCUUCAAGUCUGCACCUGCAAUGAAAAUUUUAUGUUUCUAUAUUGUUGAUACUAUCGUACUGAGAAUCCCAAAUUUAUUUAACAGUGGUGACAGUCAACGUUAUGCCUAUGAUAGACUGGUUUUACCGAA